GUCAUUUCCCGAGGUCUCACCCAUUCCAUCCUCUGACCUGGGUAUUCAUCUAACCCCACUUGACAUGCAGCAGGAGCCACCCUCCGACAGUACGUCUAUUGGCCCUUCAUCAGCCAUCGACCCACCCCAUGUUCAGGUUGAGCAGGCUAGUGGGUUACCUGCUCAACCAGAAGGUCGGCCGAAACGCAUAUUAAAGGCACCUCCUUAUGGGAUAGGGGGGCACAAACAUGGACACAACGCUGGGCCCGAGGCAUCUGACGAAGGACAUGCAAGACCUCCUCCUCAUUAUACGAGACGGCAUAAGGUCCAAAAAAGGCUGGAAGCACUGGAAUUCAAGUUCAGCACAAUAAAAGCAGCAACAAAUAACUUUUCUAAUGCCAAUAAGCUUGGAGAGGGCGGAUUUGAGGUCGAUUUUGAAGUGGCUGGCAAUGAUUCUAACUUAUUAAUUUGUGAUGUAUUUAAUUGCGGCCAAUUAGAGGGGCUAAGCCUCAUGAAGUUGGGGAGUUUGAAAAUGUGCUCUAUGAUUAUGUUGUUUGUCAGGAGCUUAUCUAUUUUUGAACUUUGCUCUGUACGUAGGGUCCAAGGAAACUGA